AUGUGAUCUACGAUGGGAGGUAUAGCUGUCUGUCCAAUGAUUCUUGUGAAGUAGUGCUCCAUAAUUUUGAGAAAUAGUAUGUAGAAUGAGUGGGUCUUCUUAUUCUAAUGCUAUCCUUUGUUGGUACUGUCUUGGGCAUCUUUCACCUUCAUAUAAUUGAGCUGCACUGGCGAAAGACUGGGAUUUGUUUGGCAUGCCUUCAACCCAUUGAAAUACUCUGAAGAGGAGCGUCUUCCCUCAGGCUGCAGUUUCUAGCAAAAGAAUUGAGCUGCUAGCAGAUCUCCGAUCAUUCAUCCCACAACAACACACCGCAGAGGGCCAAUGGGGAGAUACAUGAAUCAGUAUGACAAAGAGUACUUGAAGAUGGCCAUCAUGAAGCAGGAAGCCACCUUCAGACAACAGGUGCAUGAACUCCACCAUUUGUACCAUGUUCAGCAGCUGCUGAUGAGGGAGAUGAACAACACCAACAAGACGGAUGCGCAUAACCGGACACCUGAUCUGAAGCUGCCGGCAGGGGAAUUCAGUGGGAAGAAAGAUAGAAACGUGAGUACGACGGUGGAGGCUUACCGAGAGAGCGACUUGGAGCUGACGCUUGCAACUGGAAGCAGCGCCCGAGGAAAAAGGAAAGAGACAUCAUCGACUUCAGAUUCUGGAUCAAGCUUUUCUUCAUCCUCGACGCAGUCUGGUGGUACCAAACGAAGCAGCAACGGAUCUGGGCAGUGUCCGGUCCGGGAUAUGAGAUUCCAACAUGGGAUCGAGGAACGAAUGAGGGAGGAUGGGAUAAAGCAGCCUCCUUGGUUCUCUCGAUGCUUGAGCCUCAACAUGGCAUGACUGCCUCUGUGAAUUGUAAUGAGAUGUAAUUGUAGUUAUCGGAAGACAACGAAUUUAGAUGAGCAGAGAACUCGUAUAAGAAGGAAAGGCAAACAACCUUGCGCAGCUUAAACUAACACAUGCUUGAAGCAAGUUGGUACUUUUUGGUAGUCA